AGUCCGUUUAAUUUAAUUCUGUGUAAUUGGCUUUUCCUAAACAGAAAAUGCUUUUCACUGUUGGGUGUGCAACUGCAGCUGUAUUUGUGCUUGUUUGGCAUUGUUUUUCACAUGGUUGAGAGGCAAAUUCUAGCAGUAGGCAAUGUGUAUGGUUGUCCAGUAGCAGGCCACCGUGUAAAAUUAGUUGCUGUAGAAGAAAACACACAAUCAUCAGCCGCUCCCUGUCGCUGGAAGAACGAUGUGUUUUAAAAAUUACAGUGCAUCAGAAAUAGUUCGCAGUAACGCGCGUACAAUUAAUCGCAAAGCAAAAGCGAAGAAAGUAAUGCUGAAUUUGGCCGUUCAAUGACACGCGUAAUGAUGUGCGGCAGUUUGUUUGCUGCGAACGGCAAAUGUGCUUAGUUUCAAUCCCCAAUCGGGACGGACGAUAUUCCUAAGCGCUCAUAUGGAGAAGAGGCGGAAAUUAUGCUUCCCAUCCCUCGCCCGUACAUCAUAGACCAAGUGUGUGUGUGUGCGUGUUUUGUGUGUGAUUUCCAUGUGGAACGAAGGCGGCGCAUGUAUGGAAUAUGAAUAGGAUAAUUAGAAUGCAGUUGACCGGACCAGUCAGCGAGGAAAGCAGCGUCACAAACAAACGAACCCAGCAGCAGCAACAGCAGCAACAGUGUUUUGAGUGGCACGCAACAAACAUAAACAAUCGGUUUGUCGGUCUGAUCUUUCCAGUUGCAGCUUGUUGUGAAGCAUUGCACCGGCUACAGUACUACAGCCUUGGCAGGAUUAUGAUGCACUAGAGAAGAAGCAGUAAGUCUAGAGAAGAACACAAAAAAAGGGAAGGAACCUCAACACAUUUCGCAAACAAACACAGGCCUAUUGUUGUUGUUGUCUUGCGCCUCAACGUAUCUAACUCCUCGUCUGGCCACAAUCCUGAUGCCACAUUGCUCAAACGACUACAGUGCUCAAGCUACAACCUAGCAUCCAAGCGAAGAAAAAAGUAAUAGUUUUUAUCUCGGAAAACAAAAAAUAGUCUAGCAUCUUUUGAUGGACGAAUUCGGUAGGGUGGUGAGGUUACAACUGAAGCAAUAUCAUCAUAAAAGCAACUAACGAGCUGAUCAAUUGUCAAUUUGUAAGGAUGUUUCUGUUCUAGACUUCUUCGCUUCCCAGACCGCAUAUAGCAGAAAGUGAUCAUCAAGUUAAACUGAUGGUUUACAACACGAUUAGUGCAUAGGAAGGAAAAGGCCAUCUCAGCAUAGCAAGUGCACACAAUUGCGGCGUAGAUCGUCUUAUCAGUAAAGCAAUACGAAAAAGAAAGAAGUUUCCUUAGUAGAAGAGGCUUCAACUUCACACACAGUUGUACGCUAGCAUCAUUUUCCGUUAUCAAGUGUUAACAAUAUUCGAUAUUGCUUGAAUGAUGAUGUGUCGUUUGAUCUUCGGUGGUUGAUUUAGCGCACAAAAUUAACACACCCUUGUCGAUCGACCGCAAAACCGAUCACACACAGUUAAAUACAUUCCGUGCUCCGUGGAGUUUUUGAUGUUUGUAGUGUGUGUGUGUUUUCCCCGAUAGUGUUUUCCUGCCUCAUUACCAACAUCUGUGGCAUUUUUAAUGUGUAUAUGGUUGAUUGUGAGGUGUAAAUGUUAGCUUACGAAAAUCUGUUUUGAUUGUACUGUUGACCGUUCGGGUGUGUGAUGAAGAAAAGCAUAUCCUAAUUACGAAAAAUGCUCGUAUUGCCUUCCGGUAGUCAAAUGUAACCGGUUACAAAAAAGGCCUUUCGCCCGGGUAUAUUGUGUACCCCCCAGUGUUUUUGUUUGCGUGACGGUGUUAGUAAUUUGUCAAUGCCAUAAAAUUAUGGUUAAGAAUGAUAAGUGACCGGUGAAGUGCAACAGCGUCCUUGUUCCAGCUAUACGUCAACAAAGAUCCUGUUUUCGUUCCAGUUAGUAAAAGUGCUACACGGGUUAUUUGUUGACUGUCAACAUUUGCCAAUAAUUUCCGUUUGAAUGUUGCUCACAAUUUCCCAAAACAAGUGAGUUUUCCAAAGCAAGUGAGUGUUUCCCAUUCGGAAGAUCGUUUCAAUCGGCCACAGUGAAGUGAAGUGUGUACUACCACCAUCAACUGUGUUAGCGGAUAAUAUUUACAGUACAUCAACGGGCUGGAAGAUAAUUCACACGGUUAAAAAUGCGUGAAUUCAAAGUGGUCGUCCUGGGGUCCGGCGGAGUGGGAAAGUCAGCCCUAACGGUGCAGUUCGUUUCGGGCUGCUUCAUAGAAAAAUACGAUCCAACCAUCGAGGAUUUUUAUCGAAAAGAGAUUGAGGUGGACAAUUCUCCUUGCGUGCUGGAAAUUCUGGACACGGCAGGCACCGAACAGUUUGCCUCGAUGCGAGACUUGUACAUCAAAAAUGGUCAUGGCUUUAUCGUUAUGUAUUCCCUAACAAACCACCAGACAUUUCAGGAUAUCGCAAGUAUGAGAAAUGUGAUCAGUCGUGUGAAAGGUAGUCAGCCAGCACCAAUCCUCCUAGUCGCUAAUAAGCUAGAUUUAGAUUGCCAAAGAGAAGUGUCCACGGCCGAAGGUAAUGCCCUUGCGGAGCAGUGGGAUUGUCCGUUCAUCGAAGCAUCCGCGAAAGAUCGCAUCAACGUGAACGAAGUCUUCGCCACCGUUGUCCGAGAGAUGAAUAUGACCUCCGAAAAGCGUCAGAAGAAAAGUUACUGUUGUUGUACAUUAUUAUAGAACUGGCAUUAAGUCUAAUUUUUAACCUAAUUAAUAAUAAUAAUAAUUAAUAAAAAGAAAGAAAGCAAAAGGAAACAUCAGCACACACACACCCACGCAACCGAAGAGAGAGAGAGAAAGAGAGAAAGAGGGAGAGGGAGAGAGAAAGAGAGGGAAGCUGUAGGAAAAGCGCCGGAAAGGCAACUCACAUGCAAAACCAACUAAUCAGAAAGCGGCUUAAGCGAGGAGGGUUGUUUAGGUAAGAGUGAUGGUGCGUAAAAGUUAGGCUGUUUCACUCGAGAGAAAAAAAAACUCCUCCCGCCCUCGCAGCUGGUGCUGUCUGUGAGAAAAUGUAGCUUCUUGUGCAGUGCGAAUACUUCCGAUCCUUUUUCGCACCGGGAAUGUAGUGGAAGAGUGCACACCACUCUAUGAUCUGUAGAAAUUCUGCGUGCAAACGAUCGAUCGAAGUUUGUUCUGUGUUCCGAGUGAACUGUUUCGCUUCCUGUAGGUUCCCGCUCUGCUAGGUAGUUUGUUCUUUUGUUUUUUUUUUUUAAUUUUUGGUUAGUAAAUUUUUGGAACAUUUUAAUAUGGGUGCAGUCUCUGUUUGGAGAAUGCUGCAAUACAUCAGCAUGGUUAAGGAUGGGAAAGUAAUGAACGGAACUGCUACUGCAGCUGCAUGGCAAUAAUGAAUGACUGAGUUUGUAGAGAUGGUGUACUAAAACUAGGGAAGGAGAGCGCGAGAGAGAGAGAGAGGGAUAUAGUGCAGCAUAAAGCAUGUAGCAGCAUGUUGGUCAUGUUGCGGAUCAGAAAUCCCAGGGAAAAUGUUCGAGAUACGAAGGAAAAUAAUAGAUUACGUAUGUGUGUGUGUGUGUGUGGGAAGGGAACUGUAAAUGCUCUAGUUUUGUGUGUAUGUAUGUAUGUGUGUAAGCUAAAUCGUAUGCAUCCUACAUGGAUGCCACUGCGGGAGCACUAAAUGCCGCGUACAGGCAGAAAAGGAAGGAAGUCGCGAUAAGGGUUGGAUGAAGUGGAAUAAAAUAUUACAUGUAACAGAUAAUAAUUAAUUAGUAAAACUAACAAAACACACAAACACACACACACUGUGUAUAUGUGGAUGGCGUGACAUGUAGUAGAAGAACGAAGCGGCAAUAGUAAACAAACAAAACUGAUGGAAAACGAAACAAAACGCAGAGGACAGAAUGACACUGAAUUACACUUACAACCAACUAUUAAAAAACCCCCCCUAUCGAAACCUCCAAUUUUCAACCUCAAUGGCAAAUGUGGUAUAGUGUGUAUACAUAUAAAUAUUUUCUGUUUCUUCUAUUUCGAGAAGCACCAAUUCUUCUCGCAAAGAGGAUCUAUGAUAAGAAAGCGUGUGGAAAAAUUUGAUCGCCAGAGCGAAAAGAGAGCAAAAAAUGAAAAGGUGUUAGAAACAUGGCACUGAAAUUGCAAAGCAGAAAGGUUCUCAAAUUUUUACAUGAUAUUUUACGAAAACAAAAGAAAAACACACACGAAUAGGGAAUCUAGAGAGAGACUGCAAGUACACCAGAAAAGGCUGGGUAGAAAAUGUAACAUUUCAUUAGAAGGAAACAAGAAACACGCAAACAAAGCAAAACAAACAUACCAAUUCUCUUUCUUACACACCAAACCACUAGAAACACAUAUACAUUGUCCCGGCAUGUGGGACAGAAACCCCGAAUCAAUUGAUAGUUGAAAAUGGCCAGCUCUCGCUCUUCUGUCGGGAAGGAUUUUGUGGGGGGUGCAGAUAAAGGCCACAUAAAAUUAAAAAAAAAUAUUACACACAAACACGGGAACUAUACAUCCGUGGCUGGAAGAUCGGAGACGAAGUAGUGGAAAUGCAUGAAGAAGAAGAAGAAGAAGGUACACGAACGAAGGGGAACAAUUGGGAAAAGCAACUUUAAGAGAGCCAAAAAACGGGAUAAACACAGGGAUGAAGGAUAUAUUUUGUUUUUGCGGAGAGUUUGUUUGGCUUUCCCUUUACUUAUUUCGUUUGUUUAAAUAGGGGGAAUCGUUUAAGAAACGCCCGGUUUUGCUUCUUCUUCGUGUGUUUGCGCAACCGUCUAGAGUCGCGCCUGCUUAAUAAUGUAAUCUUUGUAGACAUUUUGUUUAUGUAAUGAAAAUAUGUGCCAUUUCACGUUAUGGCGUGUGUGGUACCAGGAAGCUCUCCUUCUACUUCAUUCUUUGCACUAUACUAACACACUUCUAACGCUGCGUUCCGGGUUCACUUGGGUAGGCAGAACACGCUACUGGCACGUCGGUUUCGUCCUGUUUGCAAAUGCGCAUACAACGCUAAUGCAAGUGAGGCCCGUCUGGAAUCUUAGCGUGAAAGUGAAACAAAUCAGAAACUAAGUUUGCUGCAAUAAAUUCUCCCACCACGACAGAGAAAAUGAUAGGAAGAUGCAUGGAAUUGUUGUGUAGCGAGAAGUCAAUGGACAAAGGUGCGCAAAACAUUUAGUGAACAUAAAAAAAACAUGUUGAAAAGUAGUAACACACAAGCCUACGAUGCAAGAAGCAAAAGGAUGGGUUUCGGCCUCGUUUACUCUACCCAAGGGUGCACCAAAAAAAAACGGCAGUGCAAAAUACAAAAUGGGAGAUCAGAUGAAGUAGUAGUACUGCUGCUACUACUAGGACCUACUACACAAUAGGAGUGAACGCGUGCUAGUAAAAGAGAAGGCGGAAUAGCAGUCUCACGGAAAAGGAGCUGGGAAACGAAAGGUGGAAAUUCAUAAGUAGUAACAUACAUGCAUACAUAUUAUUAGGCAUAAUUUAGGAAAGACGAAUGUGGUUCCCGACGGAUCCUUCAGCAGCAGCAGAGUGAAGGCAAAACGAAAAAAGCUGGGAACGCAAGUAAAGGAACCCGCGGGGGAACGGAUCAAUAAGAAACAGACUAUUUUUAUCGUAUCAAAUUUUGUAUACACAAGGCAGGAAUGUAAAAAGGAAAACUAUUAUAGCAAGCAAAACAAACUGGAACAAGCGUUGCGUGUGAAGGCUGCGAGAAAAGGAAGGCAAGCGAACGGUUACUGCAUAAAAAAACACACACACACAUGGUGAUAGGAUUUAGGAGGCUUAUACCUAACCACCUUCAACUGUAUCCGGGGGCUGCUGGAACUUUACCAGCCAGAGGGGGAAAAAAACACGCGACCAGGAAGGAGUAUGGUUUUGAAGAAGCGUGAAAAGCGGGGGGUAGAAAAUGGUGCGCUAAGUUACAAUAAAGUAAAAUGUACGUGAACUGUAA